GAACGCAGGCAGCGAAACACACACGCUCAGACGACCGAAGAAACUUGAGCUUGUCGAUCGCCUGCUCCGUUGCUGUGCGUCGUUGCUUCGCGUUUGGUGCGUGCCGUUUUGUGGUGUUUUUUUUUCGGCUAUUGUGUAUUUACUUUUAAACAAAAGAGUGUACAAAAUACAAUCAAUCAACAUUCAGCAUCAAUCAGUGGCGACAAAACUGUGGUCAAACCGUGGUGUAAGCAGCGUAGGAAGCGAAAGCGGCAAUCGAAUGGAAGUCAACAGUGUGCAAAAGAAAGAAACAGUAGGAGACUACAACGGGUGACUCUCGUGACACGUCACUGCUGGCAGUGGGUGUAGGGGUGUUUGGUUGUGUGCGUGUGUGUGGUACCGUCGCCAUUGGGAAGGUAAUUAAGGCAGGUAUUAAGACUCCACGUGAGGAUCGUCUUGCACGGAAGCAGAACCAUCCGGUGAUCGCUAGCUGGCCUUGUUCGCAUCCGGACGGUAUGUCGGUACGCAAGGCCACCGUUCGCCACUUACAUUUACAGUUCUCUGUGUCAACGGGUGUGUACUUUAGCGUGAACCUGUUCUUCAAGCAUUCCACAAUCUCAAAUCCACCGAACGGCGAUGAGAUGCGAAUAGCAAAACCGUAGUGCGUGCGUUUGUGAGAAAGAAAGCGUACCUUUAGCGUGAAACACUGGGUGAAGGAUGAUCGAUGCAAAUGCAUAAAAAUGCACUGCUGCGAAAGAUGCAAACUGCAUCAGCACCAUUGACGGUUCGGUGACAAGUUGUUGGCCAAAAAAUCACGUACACUGCCAUUAUCUUGGUUUUUCCCCUUUUUCCCACUCCCGUCCGUUGCCCGUUGCCGAAAAAGAAAACAAACAAACGAAAUAUUCAUAAACAUUCCAGCGUGUAACGGCGUUACAGCAGGAAAGUGUGACCCCAGCAUCCAAGCUAUCGACGUGUGUGCGUGAGCCUCCAUAAUAUGCUUUGUGUGGUGUGUACGUGACGAUAGAAGUGUUGAAAUGGAAAGCGAGAGAUGCGAUGGAAGCAAUCGGUGGUUGCCACCAGUGUAUAUAAGCAAUGAAAUGUGAAAUCCAUUUCGGCCCAUCAACGUGUGCAUCUCGGCCAGCAAGAAAGUUUUGUCGUUCGCUGUGCGAAGAAGAGAGGGCAAGAAGAGAAAAUCGAGAAAAAAGUGUGCGUGCGUGUGUGCGUGUGUGUGGAAAGGAAACGCCGCAAAAAACGGGCAUUAAAUUCCGGAGCCAUAGAUGAUCCUCUGCACCUUAGUUUAAUACAACUCCGGUCACAAUCAACUGUCGUAAAAACAAAAACAUCAAAUCGACCAUCUAUCAAAAAGUCGCGACAACAGUGUUUGUUGCCCUGUUGUUAUAAUUUGUAACGCGCCAGCGAAAACGAUGCUGCAGCAAAAAGUUGUUCCCCACGGGCAGCAUAAAACGCUAGAAGCGGAACAACUGCUUCCACUAAUGGAAAUGGAAAAUCUUCUUCCUGAUGAAGUGCUCUUUAGUAGUCUUCCAAUGGAGUUUUGCAUUGCUCGGAAUUCUGUCAUCGCAUCUAGCUUUCUUUCUCUCUAUCUCUCUCUGUUUAUCUCUUUCUUAUACAAUUUUUUUUCUUACAGAGGUUCGGGAAUAAAAGAAAAACCAGAAAAAUCGUCUAUUUCAACUAAUUAACGCUAACCAUAAUAAUAUUUUUCUUGAACUAUCCUUUACUAAUAUUAAAUUUAAGUAUUUUACUAUAAUAUAUAUUCAGCUAUCGGUUAUCAUUAUCAACAUUGAAAUGUAUAUUGAAAGGAUUGCUAUUUACAACUAACUUGGUGGUGGAUUUUCCCAAAACACUAACAUCCUUUAUUUUUUGCUUUUUUCACUCUUGUUGCUGUGUAAAUACUCUAUCAAAAAAAACGUCAACGAUGGUUUAAUAGGUAUGGUUUUCGAAUCGGCGAGCAAAAUGGCGUCGGGAGGAGAAGCUCCGCUCGCAGAAGCGGCUGAUAAACCACGUGGGCGGUGUGGGCGGUGGAGGUGGAAGUGGCGGUGGUUUGGGUAACGGUGGGCUUGGCACAGGCAGCCUCGGUGGUCAGUCGGGUGGCGGUGCGGGCCCGACCGGUGGUGUGAUCGGCAGUAUCGGAUCGGCGUCCAUCUGCUCACCGUCGGCGACGGCCGCCAAGCUGUACCAGUCCGAGUACGACAACCCGUACGGUGCGGCGGCGGCGGCUGCAGCCGUUGCCUCCGGUCAGCCCACCACCGCCGAUUGCUACAGUAACGCGAUCAGCAAUUCGGCCGCCGCCGUCGGCCUAAUGUCGGCCCAGCCGCCCCGCGACAACUAUCAGUACUUGCUGUCGGAUUCGCUGCAUUCGCUCAGCAUGCCUUACUCGUUCCACCACCGGCUGCCGUGCAGCUCACCAUCGUCCGUGCAGCCGAUGGAUCUGAACACACACUCGGCCGCGUCGGCGGCUGCCGCGGCGGCGGCGGCUGCAUCCGCUGCCGCCUACAGCCAAUCGAUCAACAUGACCGACCUGUCGCAGAUGACGCCGCCGAGUGCGGCGGCUGCAGCGGCCGCUGCUGUCGCUGGGUUGCCACCGGUUCCGACGCGCCACCUGCCGAUCAUUACCAGCGCGAUAACGGGUGGGGGCGGUGGUGGUGGCGGCGGCGGUGGUGCAAAUGGUUCAACACCUUCCGGGGCGGCUAACGAUUUGGAACCGGCGAGUGUUGUGUCGGCUGCUAGCGCAGGCAGUGGUGGAGGAAGUGGCAGUAGUGGAUCAGCAAACAAUAGCCAACAGCAGCAGCAGCAGCAACAGCAACAACAGCAGCAACAGCAGCAACAGCCGCCCCAGCAGAGUGGCGGCCAUUACAUUACGCGGCUAGAAUAA